CCAAGGAAGAGCCUCGCAGGUGCUGCGGGAACCUGCGGAGCUCGCACAGAUAACUCUGGGCAUGCUCAGUGGCGAGGGCAGGUUGCCUAGAAAGAGGAAGAGGCAGCAGCGAUCAGUGGAUGCUUCUCCUCCCGGGCUCGUGGCAGACCCGAGCCGCGAAUUGGGGAGGAGGGGUCGCCGAAGCCAACCCCAAGCUGGGCCUUGAGUGCCACUGCAGCUGCGACCGCAAGCGCCCCCGCCCCUCGGCACAGCCAUGGGGAACAUGCCUUCCGCGGUGAAGCACUGUCUGAGUUACCAGCAUCUUCUCCGGGAGCAUCUCGGAGUCGGAGACACGGUGGCCGGGGCUCUCGAGCCCGCGCAGGUAACACAAUUAUCAGGAUUCCCAGAGUAUGUUAAAAUAGUAGAAGUUGGACCCAGGGAUGGCUUACAAAAUGAAAAGGUCAUUGUACCUACAGAUAUCAAAAUCGAGUUUAUCAACCAACUUUCCAAAACAGGCUUAUCAGUAAUAGAAGUAACCAGCUUUGUAUCUUCUAAAUGGGUUCCUCAGAUGGCAGAUCAUACAGAAGUAAUGAAAGGCAUCUAUCAAUACCCUGGUGUUCGAUAUCCUGUGCUCACUCCUAAUCUUCAGGGCUUUCAUAAUGCUAUUGCAGCUGGGGCCACAGAGGUGUCAGUAUUUGGGGCAGCAUCUGAGUCUUUCAGUAAGAAGAACAUUAAUUGUUCUAUCGAAGAAAGCAUGGAGAGAUUUGAAGCAGUUGUUAAGUCAGCAAGGCAUAUUAAUGUUCCAGUGCGAGGGUAUGUUUCUUGUGCUCUUGGAUGCCCAUAUGAAGGACACAUAGCACCUGAAAAAGUGGCCAAAGUGUCUAAGCAGUUGUAUAGCAUGGGUUGCUAUGAGAUCUCUCUCGGGGACACGAUUGGAGUGGGAACUCCUGGAAGUAUGAAAAGAAUGUUGGAAAGUGUUAUGAAAGAAAUCCCACUAAGUGCUCUUGCUGUUCACUGUCAUGACACAUAUGGGCAAGCGUUAGCAAAUAUUCUUACAGCUUUGCAGAUGGGAAUCAAUAUUGUGGACUCAGCUGUGUCUGGAUUAGGUGGUUGUCCUUAUGCAAAAGGUGCUUCUGGGAAUGUAGCAACAGAGGAUUUGAUAUAUAUGCUGAAUGGUCUGGGACUCAACACGGGAGUGAAUCUUUACAAAGUGAUGGAAGCUGGGAACUUUAUUUGUAGAGCUAUAAAUAAGACAACAAAUUCAAAAGUAGCACAGGCCUCCUUCAGUGUUUGACAUGAAUGAAGUUGGGUUAUGAAAUUUGGAAGCUCUAUCUCUCCUACAAAGAUAUCAUCUGAAAAACAUAACUGUCAAUUUAUUUGGAAAUGUGAAAUGAUGGACAGAAGUGGAAGUGGGCUUUUAAGUAGAAGAUUGUUGACUCAAAGCAUAGCAUGGAUACCAGGUAAAUAGAAAGAUUUGUGGAUAAAUAAUAAAACAAUUCAGUGUAUAAAUAUAUUAUUACUUGGAGAAUGUCAUAUAUUGCUGUGACAAAAAUAACUUUUUAAAUUCACUUAAAAUUGACUGCAGAUUUCCCCAAUAUUGAAUACUUGGUUAAUACUUAAUCAAGUUGGUUCAACACAGAGUACAUAUUUUCAGUAGUUUAUGAGAUUCCACAUAGUGUGUGGCCCUGAUAUUAUGUAUUUUGCUCCUGAUCUCAACUUUCUAUUUGCCAAGUCAGUUAAAUUAUGAACGAGGAGCCAAAUUUCAAUAUGACCCUAAGUAAUUUUAGCAAUAAGACUUUUGUAUUUCAACUAUAGUUAACAUCUGUUAACUAUUUGAAUGACUUUAUCUUGUUCCAAGAGGCUGUGGUCGAUGGCAACAUGCCAUAUCCUGGGAACAUAUUAGGACCUCCCAUAUUUGUUACAUGCAUUCAGUUCACCAUGCUUCUCUUUUCAUCAGUUACAGUACAAACCAAUGGGCUCUUACUCAACAAUAAAGAAAUUGGAGGUGGGAUUUUCAUCCCAUUUAUUUCAUACCACAAAAGAAAAUGAUUCUGGCUUUACUUUUAGCACAUCCUAUUUUCACAUCUUUUUUUCCAAUUCCAUAUUGCCAUUGUAACUCUAAUUAUAGUUGCAAUGUUAUUAAAGAUAGUUCUCAAUGCAUAGACAAUCUUAUUAUUUGUCAUCCUAUAGUUAAGUUAAACCACAUACACUGAGAUUAUCUAUUUUUUUUAAAUAUUGUGCUCAUUGUUGAACUUGAUGAAAUUCUUGGUUAUUGUAAACUCAAGAUGACAAAUUAUCUCGUAGAAAAUCCUUACUGAAAUGGCCCAGGCCAAUGCAUCAAUGAUAGACAAUAAAAAAUACUGUGUUAAGAAUAACCUUCCAGCUAUUUAUGCAAAUCAUGUGUAGAAAAUGUAAAACUUUACUCUGAAAUAACAGUUAUCUUAUUUAUUUAGACUUCUCCAAUAAUACCUGAUAAUAUUAACUUUUAAAUAAAUUGAAUAUUGGUUCAAAUAUGAAAAUGAACAUUGUGGAUUUUAUCUUAAUAUUCAUCAAUUCUCUUAAAUAUAAAUAUAUGUAUGUUUAUUUAUAUAUAUAUAUAUUUACAUAUAUAUACAGCCUCAAGGCAAGAAAGGGAAGUACUGAUUGUAAUUAAGAUAAAUUUAAUAACAAUAAUACAAAUAAUAAAUCUCAUAAGUGAAGCAUGCUGAAAGUUGGAAAAGCAAAAUGGUUAUCAGAAAAAAAAGUAAAUUCACCUGGUAAUAGAACAGUACUAAAGGAGGUAGACACUUCUACCCAAAACUGUUUUAUCACUCAAAAUGGUAAGCCCAGUCUUCACUGAAAUAUUAUUCAGUGAUGUUAAGGAUGUUUUCUUUCCCAUUUCCCUAGCCCCUGAAUAUAUAACUAUGCAUUUCCUUCACAGUUAUUUAACUCUUAAAUCAAAAUAAAGCUUCGGUAUUCAUCAGGAAAUACUAAUGUCACAUGAGCCUCUGGAUUAACAGGAAAGAAUGUACUAGGCUCUUACUCAACAAUAAAGAAAUUGGAGGUGGGAUUUUUAUCCCAUUUACUUCAUACCACAGAAGAGAAUGUUUCUGGCUUUACUUUUAGCACAUUCUAUUUUCACAUUUUUUUCCCCCAGUUCCAAUU